AUGCCGCGGCGGCUGGCCUGGCUGUGCUGCUGCUGGGCGCUGCUGAGCGGCGCCUGCCGCCCCGCCGAGCCCGCGCUGCCUGCGGAGGGCGGGGAGCCACCGCCGCCCGCCGCCGCCUCGGGCUUCCUCUACCGGCGGCUGAAGUCGCACGAGAAGCGGGAGAUGCAGCGGGAGAUCCUGUCGGUGCUGGGGCUGCCCCACCGCCCCCGGCCGCUGCCGCGGGAGCCGCCGGCCCCGCCGCCGGGACGGCUGACGGCGGCACCGCGCUUCAUGCUGGACCUCUACCACUCCCUGGCCGAGGGCGCGGAGGGCAGCGCGGGCGCGGAGCGGGGUGACCACCCGGCGCCCCUCGCCCCGCCACCGCUGCCCAGCCCGCAGGACAGCGCCUUCCUCAACGACGCCGACAUGGUCAUGAGCUUCGUCAACCUGGUUGAGUAUGACAAGGAGUUCACACCUCACCAGAGGCACCACAAGGAAUUCAAAUUUAAUUUGUCUCAGAUUCCUGAGGGCGAGGCCGUCACAGCCGCUGAGUUUCGGAUCUACAAGGACUGCGUUGUGGGAAGCUUUAAAAACCAAACCUUCCUUAUCAGCAUCUACCAAGUGCUUCAGGAACAUCAGAACAGAGCCUCUGACCUGUUUCUGCUGGACACGCGGGCAGUGUGGGCAUCGGAGGAGGGCUGGCUGGAGUUUGAUGUCACUGCCACCAGUAACAUGUGGGUGAUGAGCCCUCAGCACAACAUGGGACUGCAGCUGAGCGUGGUGACCCAGGAUGGUUUCAGCGUAAAUCCUAGAGAAGCAGGCCUUGUAGGGCGAGAUGGCCCUUACGACAAACAGCCUUUCAUGGUGGCCUUCUUCAAAGUGAGCGAAGUUCACCUCCGGACCACUAGGUCAGCGACGAGCAGGCGCAGGCAGCAGAGUCGGAACCGCUCCACCCAAACUCAGGACGUUUCCAGGGUGUCAAGUGUCACAGAUUACAACAGCAGUGACUUAAAAACAGCUUGCAGAAAGCAUGAGCUUUACGUUAGCUUCCAAGACUUGGGAUGGCAGGACUGGAUAAUCGCUCCAAAGGGCUACGCAGCCAACUACUGUGAUGGGGAGUGCUCAUUCCCACUCAAUGCCCAUAUGAACGCAACCAAUCAUGCCAUUGUCCAAACUCUGGUUCAUCUUAUGAAUCCUGAUUACGUUCCCAAACCAUGCUGUGCACCUACCAAACUAAAUGCCAUAUCUGUUCUUUACUUUGAUGAUAAUUCUAAUGUAAUCUUGAAGAAAUACAGGAAUAUGGUAGUAAGAGCUUGUGGAUGUCACUGACAAACAGUCUUCACAUGGACUCUGUGAUGCUACCAUGAACUUUGAUACAACCUUCCCUGCUUUCAGGAGCUUGGAGAAAAAAGCAUGUGAUGUACCACGUUUCAGAACACCACGUAUGUGCCUUGUGGGAGGACGGGGUGUGGGGACCACCCCUUGGGGUGUGAACAAACUGCUGGACUUCUUACAGACUGACCCUACGCCGCGGUGGCUGCUCAGCUCAGCGGCAGCAGCAAUAUGCCCACACGCUUUAUUUGGCUGGGAUGGUCUUAAAUCUCACAUAGCAGCUUGGCCUUUAGCAGUUGUUUGGACAUGUGCUGCAGUUUUACCAGAUGGGCUAACAACACCCAAAAAAAAAGUAAGGUCUUUUUCUUGGGAGUGGGGAGGGAAGACAAGGGGGAGAGGCAGAGAAGCUAAAGAAAGUGGUGUUGGCACUGUGGUCAUAGAGCAUACGUCUCGUGCAAGAUCGUUUUGUCCAGAAGGACCAGCUACUACGCCUAGGCUGAUGGUCUCCUCCUGACAGCUGUCAUGACAGUAAGCAUCUAAAAUUGUGCCAAAGUAAAUGUUUCAGUUCUCUUAUGCUCCAAGCACUGUUUAACUCUGAUCCUGCAAGCGUAAGAUGGCUUGGCUGCACCAUGUGUUAGAAACACUACCAUGAACUCAGACCCUGGCUGGUCUUACCAGUUCACUCUCUGACUGAGCAGUACAACUUCAUACACUCGUUCUUAUGCAACUUCCUUCCCCUCCACAAACGAGGUGGCCUCAU